CAGACUCGCUCUACACAGAGAUCUACAGCACAGAGAUACAGACAUGACACCUACAAUCAUCUCAGACGAGCAUCUCCAUCUCAACAACAAGCUGAGAAAGCCAAUCGUAGAGAAGAUGCGGAGAGAUCGUAUCAACAGAAGCAUCGAGCAGCUCAAGGCUCUUCUGGAUCCAGAGUUCCUCAAGCAGCAGUCUGAUUCCAAGCUGGAGAAAGCAGAUAUACUGGAGAUGACAGUCAGCUUCAUGACACACCAGCAGUCUGUUCUGGACUCCAGUUCACAUGCUGUCAAUCAAGGCUUCUCCAGGUGUGUCCAUGACAUUGUGCACUUUCUGUCCACACAUGACACACAGAAGACACAGAGAAGACUGCUGAAGCACUUCCAGAACCUGCGGACACCAUCUGAACAGAUCAGGAGAGAAAGUGUCCUGCCUCAGCUGAGCUCCACACACCACAACACCAUCAACAAAGAGAUGAAUAUCAACAAGAGCGCCAUCUGGAGGCCCUGGUAGACACCUGCAACUACCGAUAACACACUGAACGUCUACAUUAGACUGAAUGGACAAUGAUGACUGGAUGAGUUCCUCCUUGAGGAAAUGUGAUUGCAAGCUGUUUUAUACUUGGAAAUUAUGUAUUGUAAAAUACUAUGAUCACACGCGGUGUCAAAACCUUACAAACGGUUUUAAAUUAGUUCAGUGAACUAAACAAUAUUUUUAUUGACAAAAUACGUUAUGGGUAGGAAUUUCACCGAAUACGGUGCAUUUUUGUUGCAUUCUUUGAGUGUCAAAGAGCUUUUUGUCAAGCUUUAUUUUCUGUUUCUUGUUGAAAUCACUAAUUUCAGUCUUUUCGGAUUGUGAAAUAUUUUUUUUGGUAUGUGACACCUGCAUCAGUGUGUCACCUUCCUCUGUAGGUUAUUUUUCUUAAAUGAUGAUCUUUGGAAAGUUAUUCCUUUUCUUGUAAUUCUGUUCAGAAUAUAAACUCCCCUUCAUGAGGGUUCAUUGAAGUCUUCAAUAUUAUCUAUAUAAAAUUAUCUAUAUACUACUGUAUAUGUUGACUUAUAUUUACAUUAGGGUAAAUAUAUGUUUUGUGAGCAGUUUUAUGCUCAACUGAAAUAACGUGUAUGUGCACGUUUGCUAUGACGACACUUGUAUUGACAAGACUAUUCUCAAGAGAGCAUCUCUCUGCGAACACCUUUGUUUGAAAGUGUGCAUAAAAACAUUUUCCAUCCCAUGGAAAGACGAAUAAAUUCAAGUA